AUGUUAGCUAAUAUUCUUAUUCAAUGUCUGUUAUUUUAUUUACCUCAUUUAUUUUAUCAGGCACAUGUACAGGUGUUUGAAAAUGAAUGGCACAAUUGUGAUCAUGUGGCCAACCUCUUUCAGAUGUCUCGCUGCCUCAGUCCCUCCGAUCGACCUUGCCUUCUCCGACUCCUUUCGUUGGCAAGGCACAAUUUUCCGCUGAUUAAUGGAGAAAUUAAUCUUCCUGCACCUCUAGCCUUAUCUCAGGGUAAUUUUAACCCUCUUGAACUAUACGAAAAGUUAAUGGCCCUUCACCUCCACCAGCAAGCCAAGGAGUUAUUGACAAGCGACACAAUUGCUUCCUCCGAAGCUGGUUUCUGUCCCAUUCCUGUUUACGAACCAGUCCUGUCUGAAUCAGGUCGGGAACCGUUUGCUGCCGACUCUGGAUCUAUUGGUUCUGCUCAAGUCUCCGCAUCAAAUCCAACACUAUCGAGGCCCAAUGCUCCAUCUUUGGCAGUGACGGCGGCCACCGUCCCCACAGGACAAUUGCUAAAGUCAGAGCUAGAGCCGCUUUCCAUAUCUAAGCCGAUUAUUGGAAUAGGCUCAGAUGACCAAACUCAGGUGACUUGCGUCUAA